CGCCCGCGCCAUAACAGCCGGUGUCAACUGGUGGCCAUCGGCCGGGUUUGCAUCUUCGUCUCUCUCUCUCUCCCGCCCCCCAAAAAGUAUGGUGAAGCGGAGGAGGAAAUCAUCGCGGCGCUCGGACUCGGAGACGGACACGGAGACGGAAUCGCCGUCGCCGUCUCUUUCGAGCUCCGAUGGCUCGGAAGAGUCCUCCGGGAGGCGGCGACACCGCCGCCGGAAGGAGCGGAGCGGUUCUAGGAGAGAGAAACAUAAGAAAAGAGAGAGGAGUGGCGGCAGUAGUAGUAUUAGGAAGAAAGAGAGGGGACGCGUGGAUAGAGAGAAGGAGCGGAAGAGGUCGAGGAAGGAUGAGAAGAGGAGCAGCAGGAGGAGCGCUCGCGAUGGAUCUUCUGGCGGUUCGGAUGCGGAGACGGAGAGAGCUUGUAUUCAUCCGGAAUCGGUUCUGAGGAAUAUGUUGUUGGAGUUCCCUAGUGUAGCGAGUGACUUGAGGCAGCUUCUGCAAAUGAUUGAUAGUGGACAAGCAGUUGACAUCAAUGGCAUAUCCGAAAGAUUGUUGGUUAGGCAUUUGAAGCAGCUCUUCCAUUCACUCGACCUUGAGGAAAAAGAUGGAGUAUUCUUACUGCCACCAAGUAGCCGUCCAGUUCUGCACGUUGUUGGACCCUUGAUUGAAGCUCAUAUGGAGCAUAAAGAGGAAAAUCUUAAACAGCCUGAAGUUGUGAAGAACUCACAGCUGGAGUCUAACCAUCGGGAGGGCAUAAGCGGUGAUGUUUCAGAGGAAGGUUCUUCAGCUCGUAGAAGGGUCAUUGGUCCAGAAAUGCCGUCAGCUGAGUUGUUGGCUGCCGCGGCUAAAUUAACCGAAGCACAGGCUGAGCUCAGGGAUGCUGAAUUGGAGGAAGAUACAGAAUUAUUCAUUGGACCUGCACCACCAGCUGUGGUUGCUGAAGCUGAAUCUGCAAAUGAAGCAGAGCGUUUUGAAGAGGUGACAAGAAUCAUGGGAGCUGAGGUUGAUAACCCUUAUGAUGUAGUGGGCGUGAACCACAACAUGUCCACCGAUAAGGUGAAGAAAAGGUACUGGAGGUUGUCUCUUUUGGUGCAUCCGGACAAAUGCUCUCAUCCACAAGCUCACCAAGCAUUUAUCAAACUGAACAAGGCAUUUAAGGAUUUACAAGAUCCAGAUAAGCGAAAAGUAUUGGAUGACAAAAUCAAACUGAAGGAGGAACAAGAGGCAUUUAAGAUUGAAUUGAAAGCAAUGCGUGAGGCUGCCCAGUGGAGGAGAUUGCAGGGUAUAUCCAUGGAAGGUGAUGAUGAGCUCUUAGCAGACAUACAGGUUAAAGAGAUGCCCAAAAGAGACGAGUGGAUGACAACUCUACCUCCAGAAAGGAAAGCCGGUGUGUCUAUGCAAUCCACAAAAUUUAGCAAGGGCUCGAAAGAAGGCCGUGGUGACACCAGUGUAUGGACUGAUACGCCAUCAGACAGAGCACAGAAAGCUAAGAUGACUUAUCUGGAGGCAUACAACGAGGCUACGGCACUUGCUUCAAAUGAAGAGGAAAAGAAGAGGGUCAAAGCAGACGGGGACUUGGUGGACAUGUACAACAAGGCCAAAAGAUCGAAAUCAUUGGUUCAAAAGCACCAAGAAGAGUCUACGAGCCGUUCAAAGAAGAAGCAGAAGCAGCAACCACAAGAGAAAGAAGAUUGGUUGGGGAAACAUCCAUGGAAACCAUGGGAUAGGGAGAAGGACCUAGUCGCUGGGCGCCAGAGUGUAAACCUCGACUCCGAAAAUAUGGCUCAGGGAUUGACUUCUAGGUUUUCCUCUGGAAAUUUCCAAAGGAACUUCCUCUAGGUCCUGGGUGUAUUAUUGCCGGAUGAAUUUUUUCUUUUCUUUUUAGGUAAGAGUUUGUUUAUUCAGCAAGAUACUAGGAAAAAAAGGAUGUUUAAAAUGUCUUAUAGUGUGUUGAUAAUGUCAACCAUUCCCGAAAAUCGUCCUUUCUCAUGAUGAAGAAAGCAACUUGUGAUCGGUU